GGAGGUUCCAGCUGAGCAUGAGGAAGGACUUCUUUAAACACCUGGAACACAUUGCCCAGAGAGGCUGUGGAGUGUCCCUGCCAGAGGUGCCAUGGCCACAGCGGCUUUCCAGGACUCAGCACCAGCUCAGCUCCGCUCCCCUCUGGGCACAGCCACUCUGCUGUGGGCCAGCACCAUCACCAUGCACGUCUCCAGGCCCAAAUCUGCCAAGGGACAGAGGCCAGGCUUGAGCCACCGUCAGGGCACGGAAGGCUGUCCAUGCCCUGUGCCAGGCUCCCCGCUGGCACCUUCUCCUCGGGAAUUAGGAAGGAGCCGGAGAGCGCCGCUCACAAAAGCGGCGUUCCCACCUGCCCAGGUGUCUCCUGGGAAGAUCCCGAAGCUCCUGCAGCAGGUGCCUUUGAAGACUCCCUCCUCCUCCUCCCUGAACAGGUACCGGGUGCUGCCCUCCAUCGGCCGGAGGGGGGCGGGGAGCAGCGCCGUGGAAGCCUUGGCUGAACGCACCAACCGGCUGGAAGUGAGCGAGGGCCAGGAGGAUGCUCCAAAAGCCACCAAGGCUUUUUCUGGAGGACAGGGAUGUGCCAGCACACUGUCAGGAAGCGGCACUCCCACCGAGGAGAGCUCACGUGUCCUCCGUGCCCCUGAGCAGUGGGGAGGGCAGGGGAGGCAGGAGAGCCCCUGGGUGCUCCCUGCAGGCCUGGAAGAGCCGCAGGUGCUGCUCGCUGUCCGCUCUCCCUCUGGGCAGAGGUUUGAGCACCACUUCAAGCCCUCUGACAGCCUCCAGACCGUCCUUGCUGUGGCAGGACAGAAACUGUUGGCCAACUACCAACACUGCAGCGUUGAAACCAUGGAGGUGCCCCGGAGGAGCUUCUCUGACCUUACCAAGUCCCUCCAGGAGUGCAGGAUCCUGCCCAAGUCCGUGCUGUGCAUCCGACAGCACGAGCAGCACGAUGCAGCAGCAGAUCUUUAGGCACACAGAGACACUGUGGUGCUUCUGCUCAGUGAGCUGCAUUGCUUCUUCCAAAAUACUGAGAGUCUGAUGCUUCCUGCACCUACUUCUUAAUCUUCUGUCUCCCACAAAAUCCUCAGGAAGCAGAGUUAUGGAUAUGUAAUAGUACUUGAAAUAGUAUUUCAGAGAAUAGUAUUUCAGAUGGAUAAACCUGAUUCAUACAGAACAGCCUGUGUCACCUGUGCCAUCACAAAUUUCUGCCUCAGCACCACCAACCUUCAGCCUUUCUGGUUUGUUGAAGUUCCUGAUGUUCUUUGAAAACUCAGGUUUCCAAGACCUCUCCUCUUGUCCUUUUCCAUGUUUUGGGAAGGUAGAAACAGAACUGGUUUAG